AUGGCCUUGUCGUUUUGUGGAAACGACAAAAAUGUCAACUCCUACAGCGUGGAGAACGGCACGCUGAACAAUGGCUGCUUCGUGGACGCUCUCAACCUGGUGCCCCACGUCUUCCUGCUCUUCAUCACCUUCCCCAUCCUCUUCAUCGGUUGGGGCAGUCAGAGCUCCAAAGUGCAGAUCCAUCACAACACAUGGCUUCAUUUCCCCGGACACAACAUGAGAUGGAUCCUCACGUUCUCGCUGCUCUUCAUCCACGUCUGCGAGUUCGCCGAGGGCAUCGUCUCAAACAAGAUGAUGUACACCAACCACCUUCAUCUCUUCAUGCCGGCCUUCAUGGGGUUCAUCGCAGCGACCACAUCAGUGGUGUACUACCACAACAUCGAGACGUCCAACUUCCCCAAACUGCUGCUCGUCCUGUUCAUCUACUGGGUGUUGGCGUUCAUCACCAAGUCCAUCAAGCUGUUGAAGUAUGCAGAGUUUUCGGUGGGCCCUCAGCACCUGAGGUUCUGCAUCACGGCGCUGUUGGUGCUGCUGUACGGGCUGCUGAUGGCCGUGGAAAUCAACGUCAUCCGAGUCAGGAAAUACGUGUUCUUUGCCAACCCCCAGAAGGUGAAACCCCCCGAGGACCUGCAGGAUUUGGGCGUUCGCUUUCUGCAGCCGUUUGUCAACCUGCUGUCUAAGGCAACAUAUUGGUGGAUGAAUCCUCUCAUCAUCGGAGCCCACAAGAGGCCCAUCGAGCUGAAGAAGAUCGGGAAGCUGCCCAUCGCCAUGAGAGCGCUCACCAACUACCUCCGGCUCAAAGACGCCUAUGAGGACCAGAGGACGGCGGAGGAUCCGAACAAAGCCCCGUCGAUCUGGCGCUCCAUGUACCGAGCGUUCGGCCGGCCCAUCCUGCUCAGCAGCACCUUCAGGUACCUGGCCGACCUGCUGGGCUUCGCCGGGCCGCUCUGCAUCUCCGGCAUCGUGAAGUACCUGCAGAAGAGCGAGGUGACGGCGACGGACAAGACCGAGGCAUUUGAUGGGAUGAUGAAUAGUCGAGCAAACAACACAUUCCUGGACGUGUACUUCAUGUCGUCCACGGAGCUGCUGCAGAACACCUCGGUCCUGGCUGUGCUUCUCUUCCUGGCGUUGAUCCUGCAGAGGACCUUCCUGCAGGCCUCCUACUACGUCACCAUAGAAACCGGCAUCAACCUGCGCGGCGCCCUGCUGGCGAUGAUUUACAACAAGAUCCUGCGUCUGUCCACCUCCAACAUGUCGAUGGGGGAGAUGACGCUCGGGCAGAUCAACAACCUGGUCGCUAUAGAGACCAACCAGCUGAUGUGGUUCCUCUUCCUCUGCCCCAACCUGUGGGCCAUGCCUGUGCAGAUCAUCAUGGGAGUGAUCCUGCUCUACUACUUGCUGGGCAGCAGUGCUCUGGUUGGAGCGUCUGUUAUCGUCCUGCUGGCCCCCGUCCAGUACCUCAUAGCUACAAAGCUGGCAGACACACAGAAAAGCUCACUGGAGCACUCUACAGAUCGUCUGAAGAAGACCUCGGAGAUCCUAAAGGGUAUAAAGUUGUUGAAGCUUUACGCCUGGGAGAAUAUCUUCUGCGACAGCGUGGAGGACACCAGAGGGAAGGAGCUCACCAGCCUCAAGACCUUCGCCUUCUACACCUCCAUGUCCAUCUUCAUGAACGCCGCGAUCCCCAUUGCUGCCGUUCUCUCGACGUUUGUGAUGCAUCACUUCCUGAAUAAAAGCGGCCCCACUCCUCAUGAGGCCUUCGCUGCUCUGGCGCUGUUCCACAUCCUGGUCACUCCUCUCUUCCUGCUCUCCACUGUGGUCAGAUUUGCUGUGAAGGCUCUCGUCAGUGUGCAGAAGCUCGGUGAGUUUCUCCAGAGUGACGAAAUCGGAGACGACAGCUGGAGGAACGGUGACAUGUCUGUUUCCAUGGAAGCAGGAAAAAAACACACUGGGGGGACCAAAGCCAUCAACAGGAAGCAGCCGAUGCGCUACCAGAUGGACAACUACGAGCAGCCGACCCGGCGACAAUUGAGACCCACUGAGACGGAGGAUGUGGCGGUGAAGGUGAGCAAUGGCUUCUUCACCUGGGGAAGCAACCUGGACACGCUGUCAGACAUCAACAUCUGCAUCCCCACAGGUCAGCUGACCAUGAUUGUGGGCCAGGUGGGUUGUGGGAAAUCCUCCCUGCUGCUGGCCAUGCUCGGGGAGAUGCAGACCACCGACGGGAGAGUCUACUGGAGCAAGCUGCCUGAUUAUGAGAUGGCCCACGAGGGGAACAUCAGUUGGUCAGGGGCAGAGGAGAGUGACGAAGACAUCCAGAGCAAGAACAGGUACUCUGUGGCCUACGCUACCCAGAAGUCCUGGCUGCUCAACGCCACAGUGGAGGAAAACAUCACCUUCGGAAGUCCGUUCAACAAACAGAGGUACAAGACGGUGAUAGACGCCUGCUCUCUGCAGCCUGAUAUCGAUCUGCUGCCCUUUGGAGACCAAACUGAGAUUGGGGAGAGGGGCAUCAACCUGAGUGGAGGUCAGAGACAGAGGAUCUGUGUGGCCAGAGCGCUCUACCAGAACACCAACAUCGUCUUCUUGGACGAUCCCUUCUCGGCGCUGGACAUCCACCUCAGCGAUCACCUGAUGCAGGAGGGGAUCCUCAAGUUCCUGCAGGACGACAAACGCACCGUGGUCCUGGUGACUCACAAACUGCAGUACCUCAUACACGCUGACUGGAUCAUAGCCAUGAAGGACGGCUCUGUGCUGAGAGAGGGAACACUGAAGGACAUCCAGACCCACGACAUCGAGCUCUACGAUCACUGGAAGACGCUGAUGAACCGACAGGACCACGGCCUGGAGAAGGACAUCCAGCAGGACAGCCAAACAACCCUGGAGAGGAAAACUCUGAGGAGGGCGUUCUACUCCAGAGAGGCCAAAAACCAAAUGGACGAUGAGGACGAAGUGGAGGAAGAGGAGGAGGAAGACGAUGACAACAUGUCUACAACCACCAACAGAAGAUCAAAGAUCCCCUGGAGGGUGUGCUGGUGCUACCUGUCCUCCGGAGGUUUCUUCAUGGUCUUCCUCAUGGUCUCCUCUAAGCUCCUCAAACACUCCGUCAUAGUGGCCAUCGAUUACUGGCUGGCCAUCUGGACUUCCUCCAAAACCAACGCCACGUCUGUAGCGGGAGCGAGCGCCGUGAACGCAUCCAACAUCACGGACGCUUUCAGCAGCAGCAGCAACUUCACCAACGCCACCACACCUGCAGACCCCGACGCCGAGAUCGACUCGUACUACCUGCCGGUGUUCAUCAUCCUGUGUGCGGCGGGCAUCAUGCUGUGCCUCAUCACCUCGCUCACCGUGGAGUUCCUGGGUCUCUCUGCGGCCACCAACCUGCACCACAACCUGCUCAACAAGAUCAUCCACGCCCCCAUCAGGUUCUUUGACAUCACUCCUCUGGGGCAGAUCAUCAACAGAUUCUCCGCCGACACCAACAUCAUAGAUCAGCACAUCCCUCCCACUCUGGAGUCUCUGACUAGGUCCACGCUGCUCUGUCUGUCGGCCAUCGGCGUCAUCUCCUCCAUCACGCCGGCCUUCCUCAUCGCUCUGGUUCCUCUGGCCGUCGCCUUCUACUUCAUCCAGAAGUACUUCAGGGUGGCCUCCAAGGACCUGCAGGACCUCGAUGACUCCACUCAGCUUCCUCUGCUCUGCCACUUCUCUGAGACCGCUGAGGGUCUGACCACCAUCAGAGCAUUCAGACACGAGGCUCGUUUUAAGCAGCGCAUGUUGGAGCUGACGGACACCAACAACACAGCCUACCUGUUCCUGUCUGCCGCCAACCGCUGGCUGGAGGUCCGAACGGACUACCUGGGAGCCGUGAUCGUGCUGACGGCUGCAGGAGCUUCAAUCUGGAGCUCACAUUACAACCUCCAUCACGGGGCCCUCGUUGGCCUCGGGCUCACCUACGCCCUCACUGUCACUAACUACCUGAACUGGGUGGUGAGGAACCUGGCCGACCUGGAGGUGCAGAUGGCCGCCGUGAAGAAAGUCAACAGCUUCCUGGGAACCGAGUCGGAGAACUACGAGGGGUCCAUGGACGCCUCUCAGGUGCCUGAGAACUGGCCUCAGAGCGGGGAGAUAAAGAUCCAGGAUCUGUGUGUGCGCUACGACCCGAUGCUGAAGCCGGUGCUCAAACACGUCAACAUGUACAUCGAGCCGAGCCAGAAGGUGGGGAUCUGCGGGCGCACCGGCAGCGGGAAGUCCUCUCUGUCUUUGGCCUUUUUCAACAUGGUGGAUAUUUUUGAAGGGAAGAUCGUCAUCGAUGGGAUCGACAUCUGUAAACUCCCUCUGCAGACGCUCAGGUCCAGGCUCUCCAUCAUCCUGCAGGAUCCCGUGCUGUUCAGUGGAUCGAUACGGUUCAAUCUGGACCCAGAGAGGACGUGCUCUGAUGAUCGGCUCUGGGAGGCACUGGAGAUCGCUCAGUUGAAGAACAUGGUGAAAGCGCUGCCUGGAGGGCUAGACGCCGUGGUGACAGAAGCCGGGGAGAACUUCAGCGUGGGUCAGAGGCAGCUCUUCUGUUUGGCACGAGCUUUCGUGAGGAAGAGCAGCAUCCUCAUCAUGGACGAAGCCACGGCAUCUAUAGACAUGGCCACGGAGAACAUCUUACAGAAGGUCGUGAUGACUGCGUUUGCAGACAGGACAGUCGUCACAAUCGCACACCGCGUCCACACCAUCCUGGAAGCCGAUCUGGUCAUCGUGAUGAAGCGAGGGAACAUUUUGGAGUACGACAAACCCGAGACUCUCCUGGAGCAGGAGGACGGGAUGUUCGCCUCCUUCGUCCGAGCCGACAUGUAGGCGGUCAGAAACACUCCACCGCUGACAGACGAUUAUAUCCACUUCUUUGUACUUUUUUAAGCAGUUUUCUACCCUUCUGUGUGACACUAAGACACAUCGAUGAAGACGAUAACGAGAAGCUUCUACAGAUCCAGAAACAUUAUCAACAAUUGUACUUUCAUCUGAUCAAAUACUGCCUUUUUCAUUCAGAAAUCACACAUGGAAACCCCGUAUAUCAUUCAAACGAUAAUCCAAUUACUAUUUUAUGAACCAGGUUAUCCAAUUUUCAUAUCCUGGGAGUUUUUUGGUGAAUUAAAGUGUGGAAAUCAUUGUAACACUGCUCCUCAAAUGGUAAAAAAUAGGAUUUUUUAGCGACUUUUCAUGUCUACUUAUUAUGUAAAUGACUUGAUUUGGAUUUAAAAGGGAUAACUUGAGGUCAAUAUGGAUGCAAAAUAGUGCACAAGUAUACAUUUCUUUAUAAAAUUAAGUAAAUAUUGAGGUGAUUCUACAAUUUAUGGUGUUUCAAGGCUGUGAAAACUGCAGAGUGUAUAAGUAUAUAAGGCUUUUGACUCUCUGUGAAUGAUCGUUACGGAUUUGUAUUCCAGUAUAUUGGACAGUUUUAUGACUUCUACUUUAAAUGCACAACAGUGGUAUUACUCUCGAGCACUUGUAUUACGCAAUAAUAAGGAGGGGAGGAACCUGUAUUUAUACUCUGUUUUAUUUUAUAUCUGAAUGUUGGCUCUGGCCAGUCGCUCACUGUCAACGAUUUAUUUAAAUGAAUACUAUCUGAUAUUUUAGGGUGUGUUAUGUGCUUUAUUUUACAUUGUGACGUAGAAGUAAAACUGAUAGAAGCUGCAUCAAAAUGUCGUCUAUCAGGAGUUUGAGGACAAAACAAUGAUGUGUUGGUUUAACAAGUCAGAUUUUUGUGGGGAAUUCCGUCCCGAACAAAGGAAGUCAACACUGAAGGAUUUGCAGCCGCUUUUGAUUUACUUUUGGGAAAUGUUUUCCAACUUAUGACGGCCCAAAAAACCCAGAAGACCAAGAGUUCAAUCUGCUUUCCUUUGGACGAGAUAAGAAGAGGUCUUUGGUGUGUGUGUGUGUGUGUGUGUGUGUGUGUGUGUGUGUGUGUGUGUGUGUGUGUGUGUGUGUGUGUGUGUGUGUGUGUGUGUGUGUGUGUGUGUGUGUGUGUGUGUGUGUGUGUGUGUGUGUGUGUGUGUGUGUGUGUGUGUGUGUGUGUGUGUGUGUGUGUGUGAGAUACCUUUCCAAAGACCCUUUUUUUUUUACUUCAUUAUAUUCAGAAAGAGGAUGACCUGAGUUGUUCCUCAUCAGGUGUAGAGUUAGUUAUCAAACUGACUGAUAGAACGUAAUUUAGGGAGAGACUUGAGUCCAUUUAUCGACUAUUUAUCCUGUUCAUUGUCUCCAAUUUAACAUGGGAAGAAAAAGAAACGAUUGAAGCAAAACAUUGUGAGAAACCCCUCGAAUAAUCCAUGUUUACGGUCAUGAAUCCUGAGUGCGAUUUCAUUUGGGUUGUGUUAUUUGUCCUGAACGCCAUCUUUCCUCCGCUCUAUCAGUUGUAUUUCUGUGCAGCUGUAGUGAAACACUGUAGGGUGUCUCUGCUCGGUCUGAGGCGGUGACCCCGCUGUCUGUCUGCGUCGUGCUUUGCUGAAUAUAUUAUCCUGUGGGGACGAAAGACCCUGACAUUAACUCCCAAUAACUCCCAUUAACCCCAGAUAUAUUUAAAGGUUACUGAGCACUGAUGGUGAUUCCUAAAAAAUGUGUUCUGGCUGAAAUAUUCACUCCUCUUUUCCUUCUGCAUUAAUCAACUCAAAGUUAUCUUUUCAGACAAUAUAAAAGCCUGUUUCCACCAGAAAAGAGACAGUCAGUCCUUAUGUUCCAAACAUUCUACAAACACUGACUUUUAUAAAUCAAAAAUAUUAA